ACACCACUUUUUAAAUUUUAAUUUUACAAGUAUGGUUGUAACAUGGUGCUUUAUUCUUACCGAGUGUGCGCCCUCAACAAAAACGCAUUUGGCGAAGCCGAAGCGGGUUAUUUUCAAAAUAUUUUUUUGCGUGUGGAGUUAAAGUUAUUUCUUGUCAACGGCGAUAUGCCAACCCGUAUCGGUCGUGGAGGGUAUGACAAACAACAACAUGGCAGGAGAAAGCCGACAAAUCCUCCCCGUCGGCGAAUUCCGGGUACAGGUGAAACAAACAAGAGUCUAACAAGUAGCCAUGUACAGUCUCCACAGAAGAAGCCUAAGAAAGCACGGCGAUUCAGACCUGGAACUAGGGCACUACUUGAAAUAAGGAAGUAUCAGAAAACAACAAAUCUAUUAUUAAGGAAGCUACCCUUUGCACGAGUUGUGCGGGAAAUUGCUUCAAUGUUUGGACAUGACGACCUACGAUGGCAAGCAAAUGCUAUUUUGGCAAUACAAGAGGCUGCAGAGGCUGUCCUAGUACAUAUAUUUGAAGAUGCAAAUCUGUGUGCAUUGCAUGCUAAGCGUGUUACAGUCAUGCCCCGAGAUAUUCAACUUGCAAGGCGGAUAAGGGGAAGGCAAGAGGGUCUGGGUUAGAUUGAUUUUGAAUUGUAUGAUAUGCAUAGUAGUUUGUAAAAGUUUUUAAAAUGUUUUAGUUAAUGGCAUUAAUGUUUUAAGAGGGUUUUGUUUUGUUCUUACAUUGUAAUUAUGCAGAGUAUUUUAGUAUGCACAAUUUUGAACCUUGGAAAAUAAAAUUUUUAAAAACGAAAUCCUAUCA